CAUGAUACGGUACCCUAUUAGACCCGCCCCAUCUGGGUUUGAAAGAGGCAAGAAUACAGCGCCUAUAAACGACGCCGCUAACCCAAACUACUCUUUAAUCGAACUGCAAAAGCUGCACGCUCAUCAGCAGCAAAUACUCAUGGAACAUUUCUCGCAAGCGCAAUUGAAAAUGUCGCUUGCACAGGAUAGACAACGCCAUGUACUGCAAAUGCAACUAGCCGAAUUAGAACAUCAUAAAUCAUUAGCCGCUCAGGAAGAGAAUCAAAAGGCGGUUGUACUUAAGAAAUUAGAAGAACUUAAAAAGAAGAAUAAGGAUAAAGAAAGUGCUGAAGCCUCAUCGGCUGUUAAAGAAAUUCUUCGGAAUAAAAUCCAAAGUAAACAAAAAGAAAAGGGCGGUAUUGGUAGCCCGCCUUUGAAAAACCAAUGGGGACAAACCCAUCACGGUUCUUUGGAACAGCAAUCGCCGCCAGCUCAUGGUUCUUCACCUCCUUAUAGGGCUGCUCAUUUAUAUGGGCCUUACGAUGAUCUAGAUCAUCCCUUAAGGAAAGUCUCAUCAGAACCGAAUCUGAAAGUACGCCUAGCUCUGAAACAGAAAAUGUUGGAAAGACGAUCGAGUCCUUUACUUCAACAACGUAGGGAAAGGCUAAAAAGGACAAAUCCAAUUUCCAUAGAGGCUUUGCCAAAUAGCAAUCCAGAUUCGGGCCCAAAUUCCCCACACAGUUCUCAAGUAUCGACUGACUCCACACCGGGUUCAUGCGAAGAUUCAAGUGCCGUUCAGCAUCUUAACAAAAUGAUAAGCCUUCCGGAUAUGACCAGAGCUAUCCCUCAUCUACCGCCGCCUACUCUUUCGAACGCUCACGACAAAAUCCCACAUACGUUUCCAGCGCCAUAUAUAUCUGGUUUCAUUCCUCCUUCAUUUGGUGUACCAUUUACCGUUCCCGCCGAUUCGACGACGACGACGAAUGCAAAUGAUUUAAUUCGGCUACAACAUCAAUAUGCAGCAGCAAUCGCAGCAGUUUCGGUAACAUUAAAUAGGACGACUUCUGCUCCUAUUCCGGUACCGAAUGCUGUAUCGAACGAUAAAUUAUCGCUUGCCAAACAACAACUGCAGAGUAAACUUUUGCACAAAUCAAAAGAACUACGUAGUAGUACUGAAGAAGAAGAAGAUGUGGUCGUUGUGGGUUCCCCGAAAAAUGAUCAACCAUUAGCGUUAGUUACAAAUUCAAAGCAUUUACGAAAGGCCAGAACGACGUCGAGAGAUUCUCCUCCUUCGCCUCUGAUAAAGGCGAAAUUUUCCAGUUGUAAUUCAUCUGUUGACGAACGUUCGACCUCAGUAGGAUUAGUCUAUGAUGAAGACACGUUAAAACAUGAUUGCGUUUGUGGCGAGCAUGAAAGGCAUCCAGAACAUCCCGAACGUUUGAAAUCGAUAUGGACACAUAUAUCGGCUGCGAACUUAGUUGAAAAAAGUAUUAGGAUAAAAUGCCGAAAGGCCUCAAUGGUUGAAUUACAAACAUGUCAUUCCGAGCCGUAUUCAUUGUUAUACGGUACAACAGGCCCAAAUCGUAAUCAGCUAGAUAAAAUGAUGUUUAUUGGGACGCAAAAAUUUUACACACUGCCUUGUGGAGGUAUAGGUGUCGAUCCUGACACAGUUUGGAACGAAGAAUGGACGCCAAUGGCCGCUCGAAUGGCAGCAGGUGGAAGCAUUGAAUUAGCACAUAAGGUCUUAAUGGGAGAAAUUUCAAGUGGGUUUGCUCUCGUCCGACCACCCGGUCAUCAUGCCGAGCCAACAAGACCUAUGGGAUUCUGCUAUUUUAAUAAUAUUGCAAUUGCUACAAAAUCUCUGCUUGAUCGAGCAAAAUUAAGAAGAAUUCUUGUGGUCGAUUGGGAUGUUCACCAUGGAAAUUCAACACAGAGUAUAUUUUAUGCCGAUUCACGAGUUCUGUACAUUAGCCUACACCGUCAUGAUGAUGGUAAUUUUUUCCCGGGAACGGGAGCGCCUACGGAAUGUGGUAUAGAUAUGGGUUUAGGUUUUAAUGUUAACAUUGCCUUUUCUGGUAAACUGAAUCCGCCCAUGGGGGACGCUGAAUAUUUAGCUGCCUUUCGUUCAGUUGUUAUGCCUAUUGCCUUAUCUUUUGAACCGGAAAUAGUUCUCGUAUCGGCCGGAUUCGACGGAGCUUCUGGUCAUCCAGCGCCUUUGGGUGGCUACAAUCUAUCCCCUGCCCUUUUUGGAUGGAUGACAAAACAAUUGAAGCAGCUGGCUCAGGGUAGACUCGUCCUUGUUUUGGAAGGUGGCUACGAGCUCAAGUCGACGGUCGAAUCGUGUGAGCAAUGUGUUAGAGCUCUUCUUUCGGAGCAAACGUCGAUGAUAAGCGACGAACAAUUGCAAAAACGUCCUUUUCCGUCAGCAGUAAGUACUAUUGAAGAGGUCGUGCGGCUUCAGCAGCCCUACUGGCCGUUCCUCGACCGUCACUUGAAGUACAUCGAUAUGGCUCAUGUUGAGUGGUGCGAAGAUGGUGAUACAGUUUCGGCCCUUGCAUCACAGGCAGCAUCUUUAUCGAUGGCGCAAAGAAGCUCCUACGAACGUUCUUCCUCUUUCAACUCCGAUAGUUCCGAACCUAUGGAGGAAGCUUGA